AUGUCCAUUAUAUCAAAAUUAGGACUGAUUAUAUGUUUAGGCAUAAUUGCCUCUAUUAUUCUGUAUAUCAGCAAUGAGGAUUAAUCAUAAAAUUCUGUCAACCUUCAAAUUCUUUAAUAAGAAACCUAACUGAGAUAGGAUUUCAAUGAAAUACUCGCAAGAUUUUCAAAAGAUUAUAAAACCUUAGAUCAGUUCACAACAGGCUUAAAGAACUUUAGAACAAAUAAGGCUUUAGUAGAUUAAAUGAACCUAGAAAACGAUGGUGUGAAAUUCAAACUUAAUAAAUUCUUCGAUAUUGAUAUGGAAGACUUCAAAAAUAAAUAUUUAGGUAGGAAUAAAAUCGAUGAGGUGACAUAAUUGAAAAUAAAAGCAAAUUCUGAGGCACUUUAAUCAAAUAGACAACUAAACAUCAAUGAAAUCAACUCAAAUGAUAGGGAGCUUUGGUGGUUCUUUGAUUUAUUUACUAAAAAGACUACUACUAAAUCAACAACAACCACUAUUAAAUCAACAACUACUACUAAAUAAACAACAUCAACAACUAAGACUACAACUUAAACACCUGUCCCAACUACUAGUUAAACAACCACAACUAAAGCCCCAACAAGUACAUCUAAUCCAACUACAAUAGUAACAUCUAGCUCGACAAAAACCACUUAUACAGCAACUUCAACCACUGCCUAGACAACAAUAACAAUAGCUCCUAAUUCAACAAAUACAAGUACAACAACUCCUAGUCCGUCAGAUACAACAUAAUCUACAACAACGACGGCUCCUCAAUUAUCAACAGACUUUGUCGGAGAUACAGGGUAUUUUGACUGGAGAACGGCAGGCAAGAUUUCUGCUAUUAAGGACCAAGGUGACUGCGGCUCAUGCUAUGCUUUUUCAUCGAUGGCUGCUCUUGAAAGUCUAUUACUUAUUAAAGACUACAAUACUUACCAAACCAUAGAUUUAGCUGAAUAAUAAAUUGUUGAUUGCACUGUUAACUAUGGAAACAAUGGUUGUAAUGGGGGAAUAGAACUUUUCGUUUACGAUUAUACUUCUAAGAAAGGUGUAGCUGAUGAAUCGAAAUAUCCUUAUGUAGACAAAAAAUAGACUUGCAAAUCAACAGUUACAGGUUCAAUUAAAACAACUAGUUACAAAUAUAUUUCUUCUAACAUAAACGCUACCACAAUUAGAUCUAUUGUUUAAAAGUAGCCAGUUUCAAUUGGAAUUUGUGCAUCAGAUAUAUAAUUCGCUUAUUAUUCAUCAGGAAUUUUCUAAAACACCUCGAAAUACAAGUGCUGCACUAAUAUUAAUCAUGCUCUUAAUAUUGUUGGAUUUGGUAAAUAAGGAACUGUAGCGUACUGGAUACUUAAAAACUCAUGGGGUAAAUCAUGGGGAGAAAAUGGUUACAUGAGAAUUUAAAUGAUUGAAAAUGUAAAACUCUAAACAUGUGGAAUCGGAUAUGAUCUUACCUAUCCAAUUAUAUGA